UGAAGAGCGCGGGAUAUAUAAAUACGGGCCAUAAAAUAAAAGAAUGUGUAGUUUUGCGGGUGGCGGUGAAAUGAGAAAGCAGGGGGUAAUAAUAUUUAUAAGCCCAAGUAGAGAAAGACGUUGAUUGCAAGGCUGGUGUUGCUCUACUGAUUUCAGGUUCUCCACAGCGUGGCCCCACCUUUAUAGGAUUAGCAUUAGGAAUUAGGAAAAAUAGUUAAGAGUUCGCAGAGGAAGAGCUCCUAAACUUCGCCGCAUAGCCGUCAAUUUGAGCUAAAUUUAUUGAAAAGUGAAGUUUAACAGGAGAGCUAAAUUUGGCUCUGCUUUAGUGCGAGGGCCAAUGCCAUGCACAAUUGUGGGCUCGAUACUUUGGAGCAUGUGCCCAAACAAGGUAGCCUGAAAAAUUCCCAGAGCCUAGGGUUUGUUCAAUUAUAAACAGGGGCUGCUGCAGCUGUUAUUCAAUUUGUGUGGCGAAUGAGGAAUGGAGCUUUCUAAGGGUCAGAAACUCCUCGUAGGAGAGAAUGUGGAGGUCCGUCCGCUGGAGGAGGGGCUGCGAGGAUCGUGGCAUGCUGGAGUUGUGAUUAAAGUAGAGCAUCUGUGCCGUAGUGUGGAGUACAGGGAUUUUGUGACGGUCGAAGAGCGGCAGGACAAGUUUGUAGAACGUGUUCAAGUCACGGAAGGCGUCGAAGGUUUGGCCAGCAGAAGAGGAAGGAAGAGUUCGAGUUACAGGAAUCGGAUUAGGCCCCCGCCGCCACCCGCGGAGGAGCAGAAAUGGACGUAUGGCCUUUGCGUCGACGCGUUCUAUCGCGAUGGGUGGUGGGAGGGCGUACUUUUGGAUGAUUUACAAUUCUCUCAACACAGGUCGGUGCUAUUUCCUGACGAAGGCGAUGCCCUCACAUUUCAUACCAGUGAAUUGAGAGUUACGCAGGACUGGGAUGAAAAAGAGGGGACUUGGAGCGUUCGAGGGCCUUGGAUUUUGGCUACUAUGCAACAGGACUUGGAGCGCCCAGCAUUGCCUCUUGGCUUGCUUUGGUACCAUUUAAGACAGAGGUCUACUUUCAUUCUUACUUUGGGGCAAUGGACUGCAGCUGCGGGGAACCAGUGUAAGUGGUUCCCACAUUUGAACCAGGUCGUUCGGCUUCUUUUCGCCCACCCUGAGAAGCAGACGCUGCCUUUUGUGAAUACCUCUUCCUCUAUACCUAUGGAAUUAGCUUAUAUUUAUUCACAUCCGCACACUUCCCCAGCAUCGUGCACGGAGGUGGAAGCGGAGAGCUCAGACAAGGCAUUAGCUGUCAGGGCAGAUCCAGAUGAUCACUUUGCUGCUGCUAUCUCAAAAGAUCAAAUGGAUGCUACUAUUGGCACUGAGAUAUCCCAAUAUUGCCAACCUACAGCUCUCAAUUGUAAUCUUACUCUGAACAGAAAUUCAAAUAAACAGGCCCGCAAUGAAGUAAAAAUGCACCUUCUUGCUCUAGGAUGGAGGCUUAGUUUCAAACCUCGCCCCGGAAAGGAAAAAUGCGAUUUGUGCUAUGUUUCACCCUCAGGUCGCGCUUACUAUUCUCUCUUCCAAGCUUUUGUAGGAUGGAAAAAAGAGCAGAAGGCCCACGGACUAGUAGUUAGAAAUAAUGAUGUAAAGGCUGAAGAGUCCGUGAACUAUGCAUUACGAGGUGCAUCUGUAUCUCGUAGCACACAGAAAACAGGGUUAAGGGUGAGAAGAAACAUGCUAUCUUCGACCGCUGAAUCAAAGCGGUUACAUAGAAUUUGUAGCUCUUCAGAAGUAGUAAUAUACGAUUCCAACAAUCACAAGACUGCCGAGGAUGCAUCCAAAAUUAAUAAAGGACCAAAAAAAUCGGUUAGCAGGGGUAAGAGACUUUAUCAUCAUGUCAAGAAGAAGACAAGUGGUACCAGGGACAUGUUUACUGUCCCAGAAUCGAUUCACAGGACAAAGGCAUGCGAUCUUCAAUCCGAGCAUUUUGAUCAACCCAUAGCAAGAAGCCCAAGUACAAAAGGAGCACGCUUAAGAAAAGCUGUUCAAGGUUCCUUAGUGUCCAGCAGAAAAAAACAGAAACUCGGUUCUGAAGAUUCAUUGGGAGUGAAAAGAAAGCGCAAAUCAACCAGCGGUUUCCGAAUGCAGGUACUUCUUUCUGCCCCUGGAGAAUCAAAAGAUUCUUCUUCAGGAGGCAAGGAUAAGCGUAAUGCCAGUUCCGUUCUAUCCUGGAUGAUAGAAAAUCACCUGGUGGCUGAAAAGCAGAAAGUACAUUACUUCAAUUCACAGAAAGAGGGCUGGGUAACUUAUGAGGGGAUUCUGUGUGCAUGUUGUUCAAAUGUAUACUCUCUAACAGAUUUCGAAGCCCAUGCAGGAAGCAAACGCCACCGACCUUCUGCCAAUAUUAUUUUAGAAGAUGGCAGGUCUUUACUGCAAUGCCAGAUGCAGGUCUUAGACAAUGAUAACAGGACAAAUGGUUGCAGGACAAAGGGUUUCAGAGCCCAAUUAAGGGGAAGAAAAAAAAAUCACGACGAAUGCAUGAUCUGUCAUGUUGGUGGACAUUUGGUUCUGUGUGAUCAUUGCCCAAAUUCAUUCCAUAUAAAAUGCAUUAAUUUGGAGAGUGUUCCAAAACAAGAAAAAUGGUACUGUCCAACUUGUCGCUGUGCAAUAUGUGGCAGCAGUGAAUUCAAUGGCAAUCCGGAGCUAUUUACAGAGUUGACAGUUCUCUUUUGUGAUCAGUGCGAGUGUCAGUAUCAUGUGGGAUGCUUAUAUGAGAGAGGAAUGCCAAAAUUAGACUCUUGUCCUGAAGGCAAUUGGUUUUGUAGUAAUAAAUGUUCAGAGUUAUUUUCGCAGCUUCGGAAUCUUGUUGGAGUGGUGAAUCCGAUGGGAGUUGGAGGUCUCUCUUGGACAUUGCUAAGGUCAACGGAGGGUGAUGUUAAAAUCUCUGAUCAAAAUUCUGAUGAAGUCAUGGCAGAGUAUCGUAGCAAGCUUUCUGUUGCAGUAUCUGUAAUGCAUGAGUGCUUUGCACCAAUGAUUGAAACUACAACAAAGAAGGAUAUUAUUAAUGAAUUGAUUUUCAAUAAGGGAUGUGAUGGAAAUUGGUUGAAUUUUCGUGGUUUCUAUACAAUGAUCUUGCAAAUGGAAGAUGAUUUUGUUUCUGUUGCCACUGUGAGGAUAUAUGGACAAAGAGUUGCAGAAAUGCCACUUAUUGGUACUCGUAUCAAAUACCGGUAUCAAGGAAUGUGUCGUCUUCUUGUUAAAGAACUUGAGAAGCUCCUUCUUUCAUUAGGAGUGGAAAGACUGAUUUUACCAGCUGUUCCUGAGCUAAAGCAGACAUGGCUCAAAAGCUUUGGGUUUCAGGAGAUGACUUCUGCAGAGAGAUUUGAGCUUUUGAAACACAAUUUCAUGAACUUUCCAGACACCACGGUUCUCCAAAAGAUAGUGGCAAGAGUGACUCUGGAGCAGGAAAUUGUUACGGAAACAGAUGCAUGUCAAAAUGGUGUAGAACCAAGUCAUCCGAGUCCAGGAAGCAGACUUAGAAGAGUGGGGAUUGAGAAAGAAAUUGUUCCUGCAACUGUUGUUUUUAGUGCAUUGAACCACAAAUCUUACAUUGACGUUGCAGAGACUGUAAGUCCUAUCUGCAGUUUGCCUUUUGACACUCCAGUGUCACACUGUAAUCCUGAAGGAGAGGGCUGCUUUGAUGAAGAAAUGAAGGCAUCUUUGUCGAAAAGAUAUCCGCAUAUUGGUUCAACUUAUGCUCUGACAAAGAAUCAGUCUGAAAGUACUAUGGAGGAUGAAACAAUUGGGGGAACUAGAAGUACAAAUCCUCUGGUGAGAAAGCUGAAAUGGAAAGAACAAUUGAACAAUGACAAAGAAGGUAAUGGAAGAAGAAAACGGAGGACAGAGGAAACUACUACUGAUAAUGAGUGUCCCCCUAUCUGUCUUACUUACCCAGGGGAAUCUUUAGAGCAUAAGAAUAUCCACUUUGGUGCAUGUGAAACAAGGGAAUCUGAUGAAGAUAUAUCAAUAAUAUGGAGCAGGACAAUUGCAAUAAGAGCUGAAAGCUACUGUUUGUCAAACUCUAAGGAAAGUUCACCUGCAUUUGAUGAAACUACAUCCUUUGAGGAUGGAUCAAAUCAUGUAGCUGAAAACAGAGAAGUUGAAUGCAGCAAUUCUCAUGCUACUACUAGUAAGCACCACAGGGAAAAGCAAAAUGGAUAUGCAAGUUGUCUAAAGUCUUUCAAGUAUUGUUAUAGCCGCCGUAGAAAACAAGUAUGUGUUGGCAAUGGCUUGUCUGGAGAGAUCCCUUCUGUGGUAUCAUUUCCAGUAAAAUCUUCCGUUUUGCAUUCCAGUACAGUUUGUUGAAUUGUAGGGGAAUAGUUACUCAGAACCAUGACACGCUUGUUUUAUGCACAUAUUUAUGGUUGUGAAAAUUGGUGCAUAGCGUUCUGUUGUUGGAGGGAAGUGUCACAAAUUCAUCUGAGGAAGCUUAAACCCAAAGUGCUUGGGUAUAAUAUCAGAAUUAUAAAUUUUUCCCAGAAGCUUGAAAGAGAAUUGACUUGAGGUUCAAUGUCAUGGAUACAAAUAAUAAGGAGAUUUUGCUGAAUGUUUGUUCAUGUCGCUUGAAGAGCAUUCUCCAUGUAGAUGAGAGGAGCAAACUUACUAUUUUGGUACUAGGGAGCCUCUCUUUAAAUCAGGAUUCACCAUUAGCCUCAGCACAGUGCUUAAGCAUGCCUGCAAUCAAGAAUUUUAAGGAACUUGAUGUAUAGAUUUUGUCUUUUAUUUUGGAGCAAAUGCAAAUAAUGGGCCUCAUCUUAAAUCAGGAUUCACCAUUCACAUAUUUAUGGUUGUGAAAAUUGGUGCAUAGCGUUCUGUUGUUGGAGGGAAGUGUCACAAAUUCAUCUGAGGAAGCUUAAACCCAAAGUGCUUGGGUAUAAUAUCAGAAUUAUAAAUUUUUCCCAGAAGCUUGUAAGAUAAUUGACUGAGGUUCAAUGUCAUGGAUACAAAUAAUAAGGAGAUUUUGCUGAAUGUUUGUUCAUGUCGCUUGAAGAGCAUUCUCCAUGUAGAUGAGAGGAGCAAACUUACUAUUUUGGUACUAGGGAGCCUCUCUUUAAAUCAGGAUUCACCAUUAGCCUCAGCACAGUGCUUAAGAAUGCUUGCAAUCAAGAAUUUUUAAGGAACUUGAUGUAUAGAUUUUGUCUUUUAUUUUGGAGCAAAUGCAAAUAAUGGGCCUCAUCUUAAAUCAGGAUUCACCAUUAGCCUCAGCACAGUGCUUAAGCAUGCGUGCAAUCAAGAAUUUUUAAGGAACUUGAUGUAUAGAUUGUCUUUUAUUUUGGGAGCAAAUGCAAAUAAUGGGGCAAGGUCAUGUAAAAUCCUCAUCCAACUAAAAUGCAUCCCAUGGUGCUUUAUAUUUUUUGAACAUAGAACUUGUGAAAAACUUACUAGGAAACUAUUUGUUCA